UCGUCACUCCGGCGUCGGUGUGGCAGGCGUCGCGCUGUGUUCGGCACGCGGUCCCACAUCUCGGGGUUUCCAUAGUACGGAAGGUCAGCGCCAAAAAUCGCUUGCCGCCGAUGUCGUAAAAACUGCGCCGCUGCAUUUGCGACGCACCCAGCCAUCGUGAACGGGCCUCGCCUCGACGACGUGCCUGCUGCGUGAACCAACACCCGCCGUAGUGCGCUCGUCAAGAACGACCGGCCGUCAACCCAUCGUCAGAGGCGAAAACGUCCCACGGGCUAACCUCGAAGAAAUCGUGACAGGAUGGCCGUGGCAGCGGUGUCUUGGGAACUUUACGAAAUGUUCGAAGCCUUCCUGCGGGCUCCCGCAUAUCACCUGGCGCUGGAAGCUCUCUUGUUCGUGUGGGUCCUCUGGUUGCUGCUGCGUAAAAGCGCGCCCGCCGACGCCGGUAAAUCGAAACUCACCGAAAAGGAAAAGGAGGAGCUCAUUGCUGAAUGGCGGCCGGAGCCACUCGUAUCAAGCACCCCACCAAGCGACUACGUAGUCAAUCCGAGGAUAAUCUCCAGCAAAGUUGGCCGGACUGUGGUGGUGGAUGGUCGGUCGUGCCUGAACCUGGCCAGUCACAACUACCUGGGCCUGACUGAGCUAGAGGGCACCCAGGAGGCUGCCAUCGGUGGCCUACGGCGCUACGGUGUUGGUUCGUGCGGGCCCCGGGGCUUCUUUGGCACUGUUGACAUUCACCUGGAGCUGGAGAGCCGCUUGGCCGAGUUCAUGGGCGUCGAGGAAGCGUGCCUCUACUCGUACGGUUUUUCGACCAUCUCGAGUGCCAUCCCAUCGUACGCAAAGCAGGGGGACGUCAUAUUUGCGGACGAGGAGGUGAACUAUGCCAUCCAGAUGGGCCUGCUGGCGUCACGCAGCAAGAUCUACUACUUCCAACACAACGACAUGGGCGACCUGGAGCGUCUCCUUCUAGAGCAGCAGGAGCGGGACAUGGCCGACCCCAAGAAGGCGAGUGUCACACGUCGAUUCAUCGUUGUCGAGGGCAUCUAUGCCAGCACAGGCGACAUCUGCCCUCUGCCGGAGCUGGUCAAGCUGCGGAGGCGCUUUGAGCUGCGGCUUUUCCUCGAUGAGACUUGCUCGUUUGCUGUGCUAGGUCGUACGGGGCGUGGCCUGCGCGAGCACUUUGACAUUCCUAGCAACGAGAUUGACCUGAUGUGCGCAACCCUUGAGCAUGCUGUGGGCUCGUACGGGGGCUUCUGCUGCGGCACUAGCUUUGUCGUCGAUCAUCAGCGUCUGUCUGGUCUGGGCUACUGCUUCUCAGCAUCUCUGCCACCCCUGCAAGCAUCUGUGUCUCUACAGGCUAUCAAUCACCUGGCGUCCCAUCCAGAGCUGUUGAGCCAGCUGAGGCAGAAUUGCCUACGAGUUCACGAAAAGCUGCAAAGGAUUGCACAGUUGCGUCUAGGUGGUGAUGCUGAGUCACCUGUCAAGCACCUGUACGUUGCUGGCAGCCGCUCGAAGAAGGAAUGUGCAAAGCUUCUCGACGAUAUUGUUCAUAAGGCAUGGGAGGCAGGUGUAGCGCUGACGCGCGCCCGGUACCUUGAAGACCGAGAGCACACCCCCAAAGAAGCGAGCAUCCGCAUCGCAGUUUCAGCCUCUCUGACCGAGGAGGACAUUGAGCGUGCCUGCAUCAUCAUUCGACAAGUGGCUGAAGCUGUGCUCGUGUGACCACAAAAGGGGCAGAAGUUUCUUUGUUUGCUCGGUUUUUGUUUUCAUCUUCAAGGUUUUCGUGUCCGCAUUUCGUACCAGACUGGCCAGCUCCCAACGCUGCUGCUGCUGUGGGACCCAGUUUACAGGUCCGGCAACUGGGAAUUUGAGGCACGUUUGAAGCUGCCGGGCAGGAGUGCCGGGCUCCAGCGCGGCAGCUUACUGAACGAAUUCUGUCAAGUGGACAUUGUGCAAUGUGUUUCGAGGACAGUUGCAAGACUGCUGUUCUUUUUUUUUUUUUGUUUAUCAUGUGACUGGCCAUACGGUUUGCUAAUUGCAGAACCUUGCUAGACGAGUGUUAUGGUGGGCUAAGAGAGCUUGGCUGUGAAGCCGCUGUUUCGUUGGGGGUGGAGUGUCGGAGCGAUUUAUUUUGACUGUGCUCCGCUGGAAUCACGGAGGGAGAAAUGUUUAGGAUAUGAAACUCUUAUUGGAAUGGGUAUCCGCUGGUGUCCAGGUAACGUCACAUAAAUUGGCGUUCUCUAAAUGUUUGGAAGGCCUUGAAAGUACAUCCACUGACCAGCUCGGUAAAAGUGGAGAGAAAGCACAAAUUGGAUAUUUCUCAAUGUCCUCAUUAGAGUUUCAUAAUGCUGUGUCGUGAGCGCUUUUUAUUCUUUUCAUUUCUUCAUUUUCUUUUUAAUCCCAAACUUCAUACGGAAAGUACCAAUGUUUUUGGCGUGCUGCAUAUGGCUGUCAUUUAACCUCAUCAGGAGUCAAUAUUUUUGGAAGAUGCUCUUCCAUUUAGGUCGCUUUUGAUGCGUUCAACGAUGGCUGGCAUUGCUUUUUCAACACAGACAGGUACUUGGCAUGUGUGCUGGUGCAAGCGUUCUCUGUUUUUUUUUUUUUCUGUUGUGCUUGUUGCUGGGCCUUGAGCUGCAACAAUUCCUUAAGGAGGAGCUUAUUACAUUGUUCUUAUGGUAACGCAUGGCGAUAUUUGUUUCAUAGAAAGUCAUUCAGAUGUCCCUUUGUAUGCUAGAAAUUCUACACAAGAACAAGAAAGCCUGGGCCAGCUUUUUUCUUGUUUUCUAUCCCAGGCCUUUCACUUCCCAUCAGUCUUAGAGUGCUUUCUGAUGGGGUUGCACAGUCUUUGCAUAUGUAAAUAGAGGCAUGAAAUGCAUGAACAUUUUUUGAUGACCCUAUCGCACCGACUCCAUGUAGGCGUUUUUUUUUUUUCGUUGCUGUUUGGGACGGUUGGCGUUGUAUUAAUGCCGACACUAUAGUCAAGUCAGCAUUGAACAUACAGUGAGAUGGUAGCUCUUGUUUGAGCAGGUCUCUAAAGCUCGUUGCCGGAAAACCGUUUUAUAAGACAUCGGUGCGAGUACGGACAUUACACUUCUCGACACAACAUUGGCACGGUCAGAAAUUCCUUGCAUGAUAUUAGUGUGGCUGUUUUACGGUACUCAAAGCAUCUAGAACACAUGGAUUUUGGGAAAAUCGGCACAACUGUUGUUAUCGUAGCAGUGUAAAUCGUACAAAGCUUUCCCAACUUUCCUUGCAACUAGCACUCAUAACUUAAUUGGCUCUGGCAUGUCAAUUCAAAUUUAGUAAUAGAAUGACGGCUUUAUCAGCCAAUUCAAUUAAUAUUGAUGCGUCACCUGUCGGACUCGUUGCUGUCGUGGCUUCAUGAUGACCUUAAGACGCAUUUGUUUCAAGUUACGUGCAGCACUGUAGCAGCUAUUGUUUAAGGAAGAUCUAGCAUGGUGUUGCUUCUCUAUCUCUGCACAUAAAUAUAAUAGGCGUAAAGGAAGACACAAGUAACUCUUUGGUAACCAUGGGACUUAUUGUUGUGGUUCUGUCUGCUUUUGUACUGUUAUGAUUAAUUCUCCCUAGUAGAGGGAAGCUCACAUCGCAGUGGUAUGUGUAAAGUCUUAGUUUAACCUUUUGAUGACUUUGGCUUUGUUAUAUUGGGUCGAAAGAAAGAAAAAAUGAAGUUGAACAGAACAGACUGGAAAAUUGCUGGGAUGAAAUCUUCAAGUACGAAAUACGGGUGUAUAAGGGACAUACAGUUGUAACAGGCAUCACAAGCGAAGAGGGUACAUGUGUAUGAGACAAGGUUUACUUCUGAAGAGGUACAACAGUGUCUUCGGGCUCUCAGUGCAGUAAUUAUAAUAAGGCUUCCUAACAACAACUGUUAUAAUGAAUUUCUGUUUCAGAUUCGGAGCACUUCCGGUAGCAGUGUUGUUGCUCCACGUUGAGCUAGUCUGUUCACUUAGAAAUUGAGAGUGCUCGGUGUAUGUUUUAUUGGUAGAUCUGGAGCAGCUUCCAGAUCCACUUCACAGGGCAGAUCUCUAUUUUGGGAAAAGCGGCGGAUUCAACUUGGAAGUUGCUAGUGUCCCAUGCAUGCACGGAGUGUGGAGUACCGUGUGAUCAUUGUAAUGCAAUGCCCAAGUGGGCCCUGUUCUCUCCAUGUGUGCUCAUGUUGGCAAAAAUGGCAUGAAACUCGAGUAAUGCUAGGACACUUUGAGAAGUGGAUGUAUGCUAGUGCCCCCUGCCAUUUGCUCUGGCAGGAGCACCUCUGUUCCAUUGGUAGAUUUAUUUCGAUUGGGCUCCGCUGGAAUCACGGAGAAAGAAAUGUUUAGGAUGUGAAACUCUUGUCAGAAUGGGCAUCCGCAGGUGUCCAGGUAACGUCGCAUAAAUGCAAAAAUAAUACUAUCUGGCGAUGACAUUUCAGUUGGCAACGCCUUGCAGUGCAAGGCCGCAACCACGAAAAAAAAAAAGAAAUGGAGACACUACCGGCUGAGUGCAGCCGAAAGUGUCUCCAUUCUCGCUCCAUGAUUGCGGUGGGACGCGAGCAAUUCGUGACCGGUUUGCUCGGAAGUCAAAAUGGCCGCAAUUCUCUUUUCUGCUGCAAGACGCUGCCAGCAUGAAUUGGCUUUCCAGAAAUGGGACAUUAUUUGGUCGCAGCACCUCUUCAAUGUUUCUUCCUCAGUAGCAAGAAUGGAGUACUCUAGCGUAGAGGUUAUUAGCCACUCAUAAUCUGUCAUUGGAAUUCACCGUUAGUCUAAGACAUUGCGUCUCUCUUGUCAAGUGUACUUUUGUCAUCUGUCUGUUUCAACUUUCCUUCCAUAUAAUAUUCCACAAUGUCGGGACACACUUGAUCAUCAGUUGUCUUAGGGGCUACAAUUCCUAGGCCAAGUGGUGGUCCACUCUUUCUCACUCUUGGCUUGUUCUUGCUAGGGACCAAAUUUUCUUGCUGACUUAGUUCAUUUGUUGCUUAAUACUUCUUUUUUGGUUAUUUUUCCAG